CUCUUCCGGGUUUUUCUGUCGUUGACCUACGAGUUGAGAGUUGAGAGGCCGUGCAAAGGUCGUGUUGUGAUUGUAACUUGUACUUCGUGUAGCUAGCUUAGGGAGGGGGGCUGCGUGAUGCGAUGGCUUCUUUCUUGAGUUUAUUCUUGAGGAGGCAGUUGCCGCCGGCCGUGUCCCACUUCGUCCGGACCGUGAAGCUGGUCCGUGCCCCCGCCGCCCCGCUGAGGAGGAGGCUGCACGGCGGGUCCCGGCUGCGGGGCGGAGAGCAGGGGCCGUGGGGGAAGAUCCGGGGGCCGGAGCAGCAGCAGUACCAGCUGUCAGACCUCGACAGGGCGGACGCUUUGAUGCUGAGAAAGUCCCACGAGACAGGAUUCCUCUCGUGGUUCAGGAACGGUCUGCUGGCGACUGGGAUCGGAGUCAUCUCAUUUGUCCAGAGCGAAGUGGGACGAGAAGCAGGAUAUGCCUUCUUUAUCCUGGGCGGUGUGUGUGUGUCGUUUGGCGGCGCCUCGUACAUUGGCAGCCUUUUCGCCCUGCGGAGGAUGAUGCUGCUGUCGGUGCCAGCACUGCUGCUCCAAAGCGUUGUGGUGAGCAGCGUUGCCCUCUUCUGGCUCUGUGCGGUAUCCCUCUACAUCGGCCGCCUGGAGGUGGAGAUCAUCCAUGAGGACGAGGAGGAGGAGGGGGAGGAGGGAGAGGACGAGGAGGAGUGCCGGGAGUGCCGCGAGAGGCGUCAACACCGGGGUUACCGUGGCUCCCACAACAGCAGACAUCACGGCAGGGAGGACAAUGACAGCAAGGGGCCGAACAAGUAGACACCUCGGAUGGAAACAGUGUGUGCGUGUGUUGCUUUGAUUCAGGGCUCCCUUACUGUGUGUGUGUGUGUGUGUGUGUGUGUGUGUGUGUGUGUGUGUGUGUGUGUGUGCAAGUGCGUGCACGCAAGCAAGCAGCCUACAUAUUCAUGUGUAGACUGUGUGAGUCAAUAAAGACACAGACUUAUUGUUUACCGUUAUAUUGAUGUAAAGAAAGACUUAAAGACCUUUUGGAAAACUGCUCAGAAAAUGCCGACAUGUUGGUAGUUGAACUACAUUCACUUCUGGGCAAUGAAUUAUUAUUUUGGUGAGAUUUCUUUUAUUCAGAUAUAUCGAAAGCUGCUUCACUUGCAUUAUCAAUCAGUCAGAAAAUUGUCUUGACUUGUUACUUGCAUCCUCAGGCACAGUGCAAAGAUUCACUGAGAACAUCAUAUCUGUUAAUAUAAGAUUUCUUUUUUUUUUUUUUUUUUUUUUUUUUUUUUUUUUUUUUUUUUUUAAAUUGUUUUGUAUGCAAUUAUUACUCAGCCAAAUGUUGUUGAAAGCUGUUUGUCUUAUCUUGUUUGACAUAAUUUACUCUGAUUGACUACUUGAAGUUUUCCAACCGUUUGGAAAUAAACUAAGCUGGUUGUAAUGUGCUGUGAGAUCUAGGAAGAUGGUCAUAUUAGGUGCAUGUGUCAGGUCUGUCAUUUUAUCAAUGAGGGCUUACAAAACAUUUUUUAUUUUUUAUUGUUUUGUAAGGGCAAUAGCACUUUUGUCAGUUGUUUGUUAUUGUAGUGACUCUAGAUUUUUUACAACAGAAAUGUAUUUCCACAGCUUUUUCUGUGGCUAUAUAUUUGGCUUUGUACAGUACCUAAAUGUAACCAUAAACCAUUUAACCUUUUGAGUACAUUUCACACUAUCUGGUGUUCACUAUAAUCGCUGUUUUAAUGGAUGUAAAGAAUGGUUCUAAAUUGAUGAUAUUGAGUUUGUGGGUGGAAGUUGGAUUCACUUUUGUUUCUCUUAUCUACAUAGAAUAAUAAAGUGAGAAGAAAUCUAUGCUGACAGAGGGGAAAAACUUCAGCGUGUGCAUAAUUUAUUUUCACUAUUAAAUAGACCUGUGCUUCCCCACCUGUAGGUCAAGAUUCACCAGAUAGAGGAUUAGCAGGAUGAGAAAUAAAUAAAAUAUUCAUAUUUCUACAACUUGUCUUAUAUAGUUUUUCCAAAUUAAAUUAUGGAUGAUUGCACCUCAGUUGUUGCAAGUAGACCUUGCUUCUUUUUAAAAGAACGAUGGGGCCAAAAAGUUAGGAGUCAUUUGAAUGGCCUGUUUUUUGGUCAUUUGAUUAAUUCAAAAUGAGUCAGGGAAUAUACACCA